AUGCAGAUCAGCUCAUCUUUUUGUUAUAGUCAUAUGCUGCUGAAAUUGAGCCACGGCAAGGAAGACUUCCUGACAAAGGUAGUGGAAUCUUUGGCAAACAAAAGUGGUUCAUCUGCACUGUUUGAUCAUCUCUUCAAGAGUGGAGUUUCCAGAGAGAGGUCUUUCCUUGGUACAGAGGAUAUCGGAAAUGUCAGUACGCAAGCACCAGCGCUAGCGGAACUUCAUAAAUAUGAUGUUGGUGCCGUUCGAAUGCACAAUGGUAGUCUCCAGCACCUCGUGUGGCUUUGUUUGCAGUGGAUCUUGAUGUCAGCAUUCCCCCCAGUGCGCAGAUGGCUAAAACAAAUUUUUCACUUGCCCCAAGAAACAUCAAGACUAGAGACAGAUGCUCCUGAAUCCAUUUGCCUGUUAGAUCUUGCAGUAAGUAAAUUUUCCCAGUUCUUAGAUGUACUAUGCAGUUUAAGAGUUUUUAUUAUCUAAUACCUUUUAUUUGUU